GAUAGCCUCGGCACAGCCCGGGAUUCACCCGCACACCGUCUGGGCGUAGCGUCAGCAGCCAGGAUGAGCCCCAGCCAUGUGGAAGUUGAUGGGAAUUUGCUUUAAUGAGGCCGGGAUUUCACCCGAGGUGCGGAAGGGCUUCAAAAGGAGCACUGUUUCCAAAACCAGCUGCUGUGCCCCUCUUCUGCCGGGGAAACAAGUGGCAGGGAUGCAGCGCUGAUUCAGAGGUGCGGUUCACCAGGUGGCAGAGCGUGUGGAGGCACUGGGACAGUUUGUGAUGAAGACCAGGAGGACCCUGAAGGGCCAUGGAAACAAAGUUCUCUGCAUGGACUGGUGCAAGGACAAGAGAAGGAUUGUGAGCUCUUCCCAGGAUGGGAAGGUGAUCGUGUGGGAUUCCUUCACUACCAACAAAGAACACGCCGUGACAAUGCCCUGCACCUGGGUCAUGGCAUGUGCUUAUGCUCCUUCUGGAUGUGCCAUUGCUUGUGGUGGCCUGGACAACAAGUGUUCUGUGUACCCUCUGACAUUCGAAAAAAAUGAAAAUAUGGCUGCAAAGAAGAAAUCUGUUGCAAUGCACACGAACUACUUGUCUGCCUGCAGCUUCACUAACUCAGACAUGCAGAUCCUGACAGCAAGUGGAGAUGGAACUUGUGCUCUAUGGGAUGUUGAGAGUGGGCAACUUCUACAGAGUUUCCAUGGUCAUGGAGCUGAUGUCCUGUGCCUGGACCUGGCCCCUUCUGAAACGGGAAAUACAUUUGUCUCUGGGGGAUGUGACAAGAAAGCCAUGGUUUGGGACAUGCGGUCUGGGCAGUGUGUGCAGUCAUUUGAAACCCACGAUUCAGAUAUCAACAGUGUCAGAUAUUACCCAAGUGGAGAUGCUUUUGCCUCUGGUUCAGACGAUGCCACGUGUCGUUUAUAUGACCUUCGUGCAGACAGAGAAGUAGCAAUUUAUUCCAAAGAGAGCAUCAUUUUUGGAGCAUCCAGUGUGGACUUCUCUCUCAGUGGUCGCCUGCUGUUCGCGGGCUACAACGAUUACACCAUCAAUGUGUGGGAUGUGCUGAAGGGCUCCCGUGUGUCCAUUCUGUUCGGACAUGAGAACCGUGUCAGCACCCUGCGGGUGUCUCCCGACGGCACCGCCUUCUGCUCGGGCUCCUGGGACCACACGCUCCGGAUCUGGGCGUAACCUGAGAUCCUGUAUGCAGAAUCAAAUGAAGAUUGAAACCCUGGACUACAAAAACUGCAUAAAGAAGCCAUUCCUCAAAAUCAAAUAUUCACUACAGUAUAAAAGAGUGACACUCAGCCCACAGAUUAACACAACUAGGUAGAAAAUGUAGUCUGCUUGAACACGUAGCAAACAUCAACUUGUAGUAAAAUGAAAUGUUUUAAUUUUUUUUUGAAACUAUAUUCUUUUAUUGGAAUUAGUUUCAUUAUUUAUAAAGGGACUUUUCUCCAAAGUCACCUGUAUAAUAGAAUUGAGUAUUUCAGUGCACAUUAUGUAUUUAUUUGCAUGAAUUUAAUUCCUUUUUAAAGUAAAAAAAAAGUCCUGAGUUUAUCGGGAUAAAGCGAAAGGCUUUGGAAACAUUCCGUAGUAGCAUAUUGAAUUUCAGUGUUGAAAAAUGGAAAGAGAAACAAUUCUGAUAUUUUAUGGUGGUGUUAUGGAUGACUGAACCUUGGUGGUAAGUAGAGGAGCAAAGGACCUACUGUGAAGGUACUGGCUGCUGUCAUAGAAAUGUAUUUUUUGUACAGAAAAAAAAUCCCUUCAAUCCCUGGUUUUUCCUACUGUCUUUUUAGAUAGAAAUAAGUAUUUCAUCUCUGUUACCUGAAUAUAAAGAAUCUAAAUAUAUACAAACUUAUAAACAGCAAAGAGGAGGGAUAUAAACAUGAUUUACAUAAUCAUGAGGUAAUACUUAACCAGUAGUUUCUUAGAAAUUUUUAAUUGUAUCACUUGGUGAGUGAAUUUUCUUUUACUUAAAGAAAUACUACAUGCUAAGCACUAAGGGAUACUACAUGCUAAGCAUUAAGCACCAUUAUACUGAUGGUCAAAUCUUUUCCAAGUCAGUCAUAGUCAUUCUAUGACCAUGAUUCUUAUUUGCAUUUUGAGCAGUUCAUACAACUUUGGCAAGGCAAUGUAGCUUAAAUAUAUAUUAAAGCAGUAUAUGCCCACCUUAAGGUCCUUCUGCAAUGUCAGAGCAGUUGUAAGUUCAUGCAAAUACAGGUGAAAUCAUACAGUCCUUACUGUCACAGUCAUCUCCCACUGCCAUGGACAUGGUUUUGUCAUAGUUGGACUUGAGAGUGAAUAAUAGUGAGCUGUGGAAAAUCUGCUGUGAGCACAGUCCUGCCAGUGCUUGAUACUGAGCUGACCAGAGCACAUGACUCCAUCUGCUCCAGGAGUAACUGGUUUUCAGAAGAGCAGGACAGCUGGCCACAUUGCUGGCAGCACACAGCCCUCUGUGUGAGCAUGGGGAUGCCAUAAGGACUGGCAGGACCACCCCACACAGAAGUGAUGCUCUAGAAUCAAGAUUUAAUCAGAUUAAUUAGUUAUGGAACCAUUGUGAGAUUAUAUCUGCAUUCAUACAUUGAAAACUGUUGGGGCUAGAGUGUCAGCUCUGCUCAUGCCAGCAGGUUCUGAGUCUCACCUGAGCACAGGCACAAAGAGCUGGAGUAAUGCUGGGGGCUUGCACAGCCUGCCCUUUGAAAUGCAGGUGGUGAGGUACAGCUCUGAAUAUAGCAUAUAUAUGAUUUAUAUUUAGAUGGAUGAUUUAUAUUUAGAUUGGAAUGAGAGAAAACAAGCUUACUGGAAUGACCCUGUUUACAAGCUCACUGGUCACUGGAGUUUAAUGAUAACAUCCUCAUUCUAUUUGCAAGUGGUAUUUUUUUACAAUUAUCUAAAAGUCAUAUUAGAAACAAAGUCUCCUCAUCCAUGAAAACCUUAGGUUCUGUGAAUCCAUAACCAGUUAACCUAAGACACUGACAUUUAUACCAGCCUCCAUCCCUAAUGGAAUAGGUCAGCUGUUUUCACUUGGAAAAGUCAACUCUGAUGCUUUGCAAUAUUUGUGGCAAACUAUCCCUGUAACAAACUGAAUGCACUAUGGAAAUGUCAUAUAGAACUCACUGUGCAAUAUUGAGUCAAUACACUGUACACAUUUGAUCAAAAGAAUAAUAUUAAUGUUUAGGUAGUAUUUAUUGGCAAGAUGUUUGUUUCAAACAUAAUACAUUGUGUUGAUACUUAUGAACAGCUUAAAUACAAUAAAUUGUAUUUUACAUAUUGAGAA